UUUAUUUUGAAUUCGUGAACGGGAAGUGAAGCUGCUGCAGUCAGUCAGAUGAGCUGCAGUUUACAGAUAUUGACACAAACCUUCUAAAACUCGCUCAAAAACAACCUGCCAGUAAUGCGAAGCACGGCAUGGCAGACAGACAGGACAAUGAGGUGGAGGAGGCUGAGCAGGUAUACCUGCUGAUGAAAGAGGAGUACAGGAUAUCACGCAACGUGCGUCUGUCCUGGUUCCUCGGCCAUCUCAAUCAGGUCGUUCGGCCCAGUCCACAGUCUGAGCUGCUGAAGUCAGAGAAUGAGCUGGAUGUUUUGAGUGUCCUCCCGAAAGGAUGGCAGCCCGAUUCUCUUCCCUCGUCCUGCUCGUGUCUGCUGGUUCCCUCCACGCGUGUGACCUUCCUGGCUCGCAGGUACCGCUUCAUCAUCGAGCUGGACCUGAGCCCCUCCACCGGGAUCGUGGAUGACAGCACAGGAGAGAUGAUCUUUGAUGAAGUCUUCCAUGCUCUGUCUCGGUGCUUGAUUGGUCUGGCAAAACCCUUUAAAGUCCCAGGAACUGACCAUGUGUUCCAGCCAGAGAUCUUCAUCACUAUUCUGGCAUAUUCCUCCAUCAUUGGCCUUAGUUCUCAUCAGGUGUUGGUUCAGGGCUGUCAGCUGGACUGUAUGGAUUUGGAGCAGUUCUUGCAUCAGAUCUAUCAGCAGCUGAGAGCCGUAGAGAGCAGCAUCGCUGACGUCCUGCAGCAGCAGCACAAUCAGUUCAAUGGAUCUGUUUAUCAGUCCUUCUCCAGUGACGCUGUGGAGGAACCGUCUCAGAGGAAGCCGGGGGUUUCAAUGGUGACGGCAGAUGUCGGGCUGGUCAGUAUGGUGAGGCAGGGGAUUCUGGCGCUGCAACUUCUGCCUCCAAACUCUGGCGCAGGCAUAAUAAUCAUCACAGAUGGAGUGACGAGCGUUCCUGAUGUAGCUGUGUGUGAAACUCUGCUGAACCAGCUGAGAAGUGGAACCAUUGCCUGUUCCUUUGUUCAAGUGGGCGGCGCAUACUCUUAUGACUGUAGUUUUGGCUACAUCCCCAACGUGGAGCUGAUGAAGUUCAUCUCCAUGGCAACCUUUGGCUCCUAUCUGUCCAUGUGUCCAGAAUCGGCCUCGACAGGUGACGAGAUGAACGCUUACCACCGCUCCUUCCUCACAUACUCCUUCCUGAGGACUGGCGAGUCCAUGAACCCAGAGUACUACUGCUGUAAGCACAACUCAGGGUUAAGAGAAGUCUCCCAGCACAGGCUUUUUAAUGAACACCUGGUGUCGGCCAGUGGAAACCCCGCCUUAGUGAUGCGCAGGAAGAAACACACCGAGAAGGAAGUGCAUGCUGAUUUAAUCAGUGUGCUGUCUAUCAGACUGAGAGAGGGAUACACCAUCCGAGAGAUUAACAUCACUAAAGGAGGAAGUCAGCUGGAGGUGAAGCUGGUCCUCCUCUGGAAGCAUAACAUGCGCAUUGAGUACCUUGCCGUGGCGUCCUGGCCCCUGGAUCCAAUCAAACGCACCACCUGGGUGGAGGUGACGAUGGAGGGCAGUUAUGACAUCCUCCAUGACAUCAGCUGCACCAUGCGGAAACCAAUCACAAGCCCCUACCGGACAUCUGUCAUCCGUCGCUUCUGGAACACUCUGCAGAGCAUAAAUCAAACAGACCAGAUGUUGGUGCACUUGCAGUCCUUUAAUUCCAUCCCAGAACAUUAUACCAUCCCUGAAAGCACGAAAAAUGGUGUUCCUCUGUUUUACAUCCCACCUGGAUCCACCACACCAGUCCUCUCCCUCCAGCACAGUGGAUCUAAAGACUCCAGCCAAUCGCAGUUUGCCUCCUACUGGAAGCCCAUCCUGUCCAUGGACGCUAACUUCUGGCAGCGCUGGCUGCACAUGCAUCGCAUUGCUAUCAUUCUGGAACAUGACAUCCCAGUCCCAAAGCAUGUGCACAACGCUGGCAGUAAUGGUCGAUUCAGUACCGUUCAGUGUCGGAUCUCUCACUCUGCUCUCACCUCGCUGCUCAGGGACUGGAGCAGUUUUGUCCUGGUGGAGGGAUACUCAUACGUCAAACUUAUUUACAGUGCCUCUGAGUUACCACCCGUCUCCUUCUAUCUGGUGCGUCUGAUCUCUAAAGCUCCCUGCAUGGUGCUGCGAUUGGGCUUCCCAAUAGGAACUCUUGCACACACCAGGAACAAGAUUGUGGAUGAACUUCGAGAGCAGAUCCUGCGGCUGCGGUUCCCUCAUCGAGUCCAGAAUAAGGAGGCCACGCCAAAGACCAAGCGGAAGAUUCUGGGUAAUGCAUCACCCUCCAAGUCUCCACCUCUUCCUGUGCCCAAACCGGCACUGUCUGACCGGCCGUGUGUGGUGGUGCUCAAUAAACCUCUUGAAAAACUACUGAUCAGGUACGAGAAACUUCCGUCAGAUUUUCGUACCCCUUUUAUCCUAAACAUGGAGCCGUUCGCCCAGCCGCCCAUCAUGGGCGCCCCUCUCAGCAUGGCUGCCAGCAGGACGGCGUCCUCCACUGUGGCGUCACUCUCCCGCUACUUCCUGCACCAGCGCUGGGUUUGGGCCGUGCAGAACGGGCCGGGAACCGCUGUAUCUCUGCAUGCAGUUGCUCAUAUCCUCUCCAUGCUCUCUGAUAUUCGUCUGUCUGAAGGCUUCCAUUUUGCCGCCAGCGGGGAGGGUAUCGUCAACAUGGUAACAGAGCUGCCAAUGCAGAGUCUGCCAGCUGAUUUGGACGGAGAAAAACAUACCUGCAUAGUCCAGUACAUCCUAUUUCCGCCUCAUUCCACUUCUACCAAGGACAGUUUCUCCACAGAUGAUGACAAUGAUACUGAAGUGGAGGCCAUAGAUGUGGACACAGAGCUGAGUUUGGUGACGGAGUGUUGGGUGGAGCCUCAGAGUGGAGCCGUCUGCAGCUCACUGGACCAGCAGCGGCACUUUCAGAACCUCACGUACCAGGAGAUCCCUCAGGCUAUUUUUCCACGUGAUCUGUCGUGCAUGACCACAAUGAUCACUUUUGAAUACCUCAUUCAGUUGUGUCAGAAUAAAGAGCAGGUGUGCCCUCUCAACAGUGUCAAAGAUGCUCCAGGUGAGGUCCCCGCCACCACCGCCGCUGCUGCUGCUGAUGACUGCAUACACACUGUGCCUUUCCAGUUUGACCUGAUGAAACUCUUGCCCAAGUGCCAGCAGAUAGAGCUCUUCUUCUACACCUUUAGCCGAGAAGGGCAAGUGGACGCAUCCUGUAGCGCCUCCUCUCUGCCCAACGACCUCCUCCUCAGCCUCUUCCACGGUUCUGUGCAGAAUGAGCUCAGUGAUCGAGAGAUCCCAUUGACGGACGAGGAUCAUGUGGCGUUCAUGCAUCACAUCCUGGAGCGGGAAAGAGAUGGUCAUGUGGCUCCAUUCUCACUACCUGUCAUUAAAGAAGAGAGCUUGAAGCCUCCGGAGAGGCAGGACACAGUUCUUUCUUUCCACACUAUAGGAAGCAGUAAAGAGGUGACGGGGUCCUCCAGCACACUACAGAGUUUCAGCAAUGCAGAUCUUGUAGAUGACGAGCCAGCUGGCCUGGAGCAAGACGGCUUAUCUCCUCACUGGAAAUGUUACGUCAAAUACAUCAGCCAUCAGCAGAUCCUGCUCACUUUCCUGCCAGCUACAUUUACAGAUGUGCAGCUUUUGAUGUCUUCUGGACUGGAAACUGAACCUCCAAUCAACAGCAACCUCCUGGAAGAGGAGGAGACCUGUAGUCACGGCAACGGCCAAUCACAGGCAGACUCCAUCAGCAGUUCUGCCAAUGGUCCACAGGUUGCUGCUGAUGUUGGACCUGGUCAACAUGGAGAAGAUAUCAGGGGCCACCCGGCGUCCAGAGAGGGGUCCACAGUUGAACAAGAAGCAGCGUUGGAGACGUCUACAGAACAAACCAACAUGAACACAAGAGAUGCAGCUUCAGAAGAGAAGGACAGCGUGCAGUUUAUGGAGCCUCAAAAGCGAGACUGUCACAUCACAUUCAGCAGACAGGUGUCUCAGCAGAGCGGCACUGACGCCGCACGACCCCGCUGCCCCAUCUACAUCUACAACUGCUCACUGGACUCCCUCAAAGAACAGCUGGUCCAUCCACGGUCAGGACGGAAGCCAAGAGACGUCUUCUUCAGAGCUCAAGAGACAGACACCUGGGAGUUCAGUCAGCAGCCCAAAUACAGGUCAAUCUCUCAAGAGCGCAGCAGCGCCUCUUCCUGGACUGAGCUCAUGACGCACCCUCACAAACACAAAGAAGUGGCAAACUACUGCAGCCUUCUACAGGAGCACUACUACCAGAGCUAUGUCAAAGGUGUUUAUCGCAGUCUGCAGCAGUCGUACAACGUGAGCUCGCAGGACGUACUGACGGCCAUGGACUACUGCGAGGAGUCGCUGCAGGAGAUCGACAUCACUUCCUUCCUGCAGACCCUGUGCGGACACAUACGUGUGUUUCGUGAACGUCACGAGCUGCACAGCUGUGUCAACGUAAGCAAGUCCAGUAACGGUCCCACCACCUUCAUCAUUGGCGAGGGAGAGGAUGAUGGAGCUGACAGAGCCACACUGGUAUCUUCAUCCAGUAUUGAACUGGAGGAUGUGAGCGAAGCUGAUUCCAGAGGAAAACUCUCUGUCCCCUCCUCCCCGCUGGACCUGGAUGAACCAAGGUCUCCGAAAAUCCCAGAAUUCCCUCUGUCUCUUCUCCAGUCCCAGCAGAAGUGUGAAGUGUAUCCUGAUUUGCACAAAAUCAUACAGGAUAAGUUCAUGGAAAUUGGUGCUCAGUAUUUCAAGACUGUACCGUCCAACCCACAUUAUUUCUUUUACUGCCUUCCAUCUUCCAAAAAAGAGGAGGACUCAGAGAGGGAAGGAGAGCGGAGACCCAGUGAAGAGUGUGAGGUGUCUGAAGCUGAACUGGCUACUGAAGACGAGAACGUGUCCGGCUGUUGUAUCGUGACGGAGAGUGACACGGAUCUGGAGGUGGAGUAUCAGGAAUGUGGGAAUGGCAAAGCGGAGGCUGGAGAACAGGAAGGAGGUGAAGGCGUGUCCCCAUCUGACUCCAACACAGUCAACCAGGAUGAGGAUUCCUUCAGUAUUCUAGACGGAGACUCUCUGCUGGAGGUGGAGGGUCCGCAACCGGAGAUGCCUCCUCUGUUUGUGCACCUCACCUGCUCUGUCAACAUGAAGAGCUGCCAUGGCUCCAUGCCAACGCAAACGCUGCCAACCUGCCUGGGUGAAGUCAUUACCUGUCUUGAGAAUGCUGAGAAUCUUCAGUCGGUUGAUCUGAACGAGUUGUCUGUCACUCUUGAUAUCUUUGUGCUCACGUUACCUCUGGAGAUCGAGGUCAUGGCCCCUGACUUCCACCACAACCGGUACACAUCUGAGAGUAGUGUGUCUCUGAACCGCUCCCCCGGACAGCCCUCAUCCUAUCGCUCUGACGAGGAGCUUAUGGGAAAUCUAGAUGGCCUGCGCGGUGUUGGUGUGGAAAGUAUGUCUGGAGAUCCGCUGUCCAAACUUCCUAUUCCACACAAAAUGGCUGUUUUAGCCACUAUGGAUGAGAUCCGUUGGCUCUUGGAGGAUGAGAUCGUCUCUGCUCUACGGCACUCGUCUGUUAUCAAUUCCUCCACCCUGCAAAAAGUUUCCGAGCAUGUGUGUCAUUCCAGCGGCCGCCCGCAGUGCCACUGUGAGGUCGUUCCCCUGCAGUUCGUAUUUGGUCCAGAGCAGUCGCUGGAAAAGUUUCAAGAGGAGUUCAAGAGGUUAUCGUUUCCUGGUUACCUGCUAAAUGCGGAGCAAUACAACUUCCACUACGUCUCACUGAGUCGGCAGCAGUCUCACAGGCUCCAGGCUGCAAGACAGCUGUCUAACAUCACUGCUCAGUACUCAACUGGCACAGAAACAACAUCUAAGCAAACCAGCCUGUGUCCUGAGUUGGAAGAUGGUGCAAAAGUAACAGCAAACAUCUCCACAUUAGACAAAGAAGUGGAGCCAAAGAAAAAGGAGCUGGAUGCUGAGCAGGUUGAGUGUGGAGUCGCGGCGCAUCAGCAGGCGAGGGAUGACGGGGACAUGCGGCCUGCAGCAGCUGACUCAGCCAGCGAGUCUCUCUCCGAGACCUCUGAACCCGGACAGGUCAAACAGACUGAUGCAGAGGAGACUCGACCUCAGAGUGCCGUCAGCGGUGCUGCUCACCUGCAGAUGGGCAGCAGCACCGAACGCUCGUCUGAUCAUACGUCCCCUCCCAAAACACCCUCCGCUGCCAGCCUGGCCGAAUCCGUGCAGUCUGCCACACACAGCAGUGGGAAACUGCGGCCCAGUCGAGUUCAGAGCGUUGUCUCCAGUCAGGGCAGCCUGGACUCAGAUAUGCUAGGUUAUGAUGGCGGCAGCAGUGAUUCUGAGUGUGAAGGACCUACUAUGAAUGAGCAGGAGAGACAGAUGCCUCUCAUGCCUGAUUUCUGGCUCAUCAUCAGAAUUCAUCAGGACAGAGUGGAGGUUUUUUCCCAUGCCAGGAGUUUUAACAGAGCGAAAGAAGAGGAAGAGGAAGAGAUUCCAGAAUACCUGCGUCUUCAUCAGCUGGUGGUGAGAAGGAUUGGAGAAAUGUGCCGAAUAGUCAACCAGCGCCUCCUACUACAAGACCUGCAUGAUAGUCAUGUUUGCCAUUCUCUCCUGGUUGCUGAGAGUGAAGAGGACAUCUGGAAGCACGAGUCGCUCUACCGGCCCAGGAUGACCAACUCUGAUGACUACAACGCUGACGAAAGCUAUCAGCCGCGGGACUACCUCGCUGCCACUAUGCAGUUCAUACCGGGUUACUUCGCCUGUGACGUAGUCUGGAGCACCGUAAUUUAUAUUCACCCACGGCUCAAGAUGGGGCCCAACAUGGGUGUUUCCCGGGCUAUCCAGGCUCUGCGCUCCGUUCUAAACGCCUUUUGUGUGGUCAACCGCAAAAACAUGUUUGUCUAUCAGGAGCGCACCACCAAAUCUGUGUUCUACCUCCGACUCUCAGAGACGUCUCAGGCAGGGAAGUACAGUGAUUUGGAUGGAAACAUGCACACGCGCUCUGUCGGUCUGGCCCGCAGCCAGGAGCCGCUGGGCUCUGAGGACCUCACGGGAUCACGCUCAUCUCUGGAAGGCUCAAGGCCGGUUGGACUGGUGGACAAACACAUUUUACUGCUGGUGCAUGGCGUGGGGACUGCAGGUCCAGAGAUCACUGAUGAAUUAGUGAAGGUAUUGAGGAAGCGCCUGGACGAGGCCACGCUGGACAUUAUUACGGUCAUGCUGGUCAGGAACUGCAAACUGACGCCUGCAGAUGUGGAGUUCAUUCAGCCUCCCGGCUCUCCGGCAACAGAAGUGAUGGAGUUCUUCCUGCCUCAGUACUGUGUGCCGUGGAUCCAGGCGGUGGCUCACUACCUCCGUCAGAACCUCCUCAUCUUCCUUCACAUCCCUAAAUACACUGACAGCAACAUCGAGCAUCACUUCAAGCAUUACUUCCAUUUGAGCAGCGAGCUGCCCGAUCAUGACAUCUACCUGUACAAUAAACCUGGAGGCCAAGGAACAGGAGGAAAAGGUACAAUGUCGGACCUUGUUCAGAAUCUCUUCCCAACCUCUCAGUUUCAAGGUAUUGCCUGCAUCGUGCUGUCAUUCGUCGACUCUAAAGGCUGCGCGCUGCAAGUUCCCGCUCAGGACGGCAGCGGUCCAGCGCUCAGAGCUGACGUUUCCACCAUCUCCCUCCAGCCAGACCAGUUUGAGGCCUUGACGACGGUUGUUAAGGUGGACUCUCUCAGCCAGAGCUCAGGUGCAGCUAUGCGUGUGCGCUUUGACGUGUGGGAACAGGGUAAUGUUAGCCCGCUGCAGCUGACAGACAGGCUGAGGGCAGCCCUACGCCAUGCCCUCUGCGACGUCAUCAUGGAGAUGCGCGUGCUGCCCAACCCGUUAUGUCUGGACACAUUCUGUCUGCCUGCUUCCACCCAACGGGAUGAAAGCACAGUUCCCUUGAGUCUUCUGCAGUGUGACAGUAAAGAGGUGAAGGAGAGUCAUCGGCGGCCCAGUGGAGCCCAUGGGCUCAGAAGCAGCCCCUCUCCCAUCACCCUGAUUUCUGCCCCCAGUUCCACCCCGACCACAGGAACCAGCACACCUGAGUCCACCACGCCCACGGGCAAAACAACCCGCCGCAGCUUCUGGGAAAUGUUGAGUAAACCAGAAACUUCUGAACUUGGCAGUCCAAAGACAACGGAUGACAUUAUACCAGAGCGUGCCGAGGACAGCCGCAUGGGCAGACGGAGACACAAGACGGAGAGUGUCAAACAGCAGUGGAACCAUGAGAAAGCCAUGGCAGUCGAACAAGAGCAGGCCCAGAGGAGACAUGCAGUCCAGCUGGAGGAAGGUGAUACAGGCACUCUUCAAACCGUCUACCAGACCACGUACCUGCCCUGGGUCACCUUCAUGAACAAACUGGGCUGUCCAUCCAUCCAGCAUUGUUCAACUGAAGUCUCACAUCAUUUCCUCCUGCCUUCCAUCCUCACAGAGAUUGUCAAUCUGGUCAGCUCACUGGCCAGUGACACCACGGUCAAAGUGUUCGAAAGAACCAGCUGUCCUCAGGGAGAUAUAUAUGUCCCCCUGUCAAUCAUCCAGCACAUCAGCCAACCGCCUGCUGCCACCAGGAGCUUCAUUCUCAUUGGUCGCAACUUCAGCCAAUGGCAUUGCAGUACAGAGCAAGAAGACAGUUCAGAUGAAGAGAACAGUCCAGUACUAAAUAGGUGCACACCUCAUAAGGGUCUGCAGCGAUUCGAGUCUUUGGAGCACAGUGAUUGGCUGAGCCCGGGACAGGCUGUGAGGGGCGUGGCUCCACGCCAGCGCUUCCUUUACAUACACAUUGUCAAUAAGAAGGUGACUCUGUAUGCGUAUAACUGGUCGGUGGAUCUGGGUGGUUCGCUGAAUCAAGGCCUGGUCAGACUGGUGCACUGGCAGAACGCCCGCGCACAUGUGGUCAACUGCCUCCUGAGUCAGAAAAUGGGUCUCUUCCAUCAUUACUGCUUCUCUGAUACACCUACACAUGAGGAUCUGAAACAGGAGCCCAACCCCUUCCUGAGCUCCACGAUUGAGGCGGAUACUCUGUUAAGGAGUCCGGUUCCUCCAGCCGCGAGUAAAGAUCAGGGUCGGUUGGGCAGCUCUGCGCGUGUUCUUCCUCCUCUGGCCUUCCCUGGAGAGCUUGUGCCUUUUGAUGAAGCUCUGAGAGACGUGAACACAGGAAGGCCGCUGACCAAUCAGGAUGGAGCGGAUAUAGUCGCUCGCCAUGGAGCCCAGCUUCUUGAGGUCAAAGCAGCAGAACGCAGAGAGUUGGAGAGACAAAUGAAGAUUGAGAAUUUGUUUGUGACGUGGCAGCAGCGGUCAGCUCAAUCUAACAUGCCCAUCUCUGUCGCGGAUCUGGACACACUGAAGCAGUCCUCUCGACUGGUCCAUUACUGCGCUACUCCGCUGCUCUUCGACCCCGUGUUCCGGAAACAGAUUCAAGAGGAACAGGUGCCACAGCCACAGAUGAAGAAGCGGCAUCGCUCCAGUGACUCCACGGCAUCUGGGAGGGAUCGCAGCUACAGCACGGAUUCUGCAGACAUGCUUCCGAGUCGACUGAAGGAGGAGCCUUGGCUGCAGGAGAUCUCCAGCAUGUUCCUGCAGCAGUAUGUGCAGUACCUGCAGAGCAUGGGCUUCAUCCUGGUGCAGGUCCGACCGCAGUCGCCCGCACGCAGCAUCGCUCGAGCCCGAGCCGCCAUGUUGAGUUCUUUAUCCACUGAAGGCAGAUCUUCCUUCUCAUCUUUCUCAUAUAAUAAGCAGAAGAGUGAAGACAGCCCGAAGCAGAGCAGUGCAUCAAGCUCGACGUCAUAUCACCUGCAGAGAGCACUGCCGGGAGGCAUCGUGCUGAUGGAACUGGCUUUUCAAGGCUGUUAUUUCUGCGUAAAGCAGUUUGCAUUAGAGUGCUCAAGGAUUCCCAUGGGUCAGACGGUUAAUUCUCAGGGUUCUCUUCUCAACAAACCUCCUAGCAAGCCGUUCCCCGAGGCGCCCACGGGCUCUGACUCUGCGCUGUCCAUGCUGUUCACCGAGGAGUGUGAUAAGGUCCGGGAUUUGAUGCACGUUCACUCGUUCAGCUAUGACUUCCACCUGCGUGUGGUGCAUCAGUACCUCGUAGGGUGUCACAUGACCCUUCGGCAGGGGUACCAGCUCACUGGCUUUCUGGAGGACUUCAUCGCCCAUCACCCUGACAUACCCAAGUUUGGGCGCAACCACGUCUUCCAGGGGAGUUUCUCCAUAUCAACGGGGAUGAUCACAGCACAUCAGCUGUAUAAUUACAUCACUGAUCACGCUGGUACUUACGGGAUGAAGCCCUUGCGCAUGUCUAAGGCUGCAGUUACAACUGAUAACAAAAAGGGGGCGCCGAGCACAGACCAGCAUGAGUAUGCGCUGGUUGCUCUGUGGAACAGCUCUGGCUCAUUUAAAGACCUGGAGGGAUUACGACACCAUGAUGACUUUGAUGUGUCGCUGCUGGUUUGUCAUAAUGCCGCCCCUUUUGAGGAGCAGUCUGAAGGAGAGAGACAUCUGCUCAGGCUGCGUUUCUAUGUGAUCAUGACCAGUCAAAGAGAGCUGUUCCCGCGUUUGACUGCAGACAUGCGGCGAUUUAAGAAACUUCCUCAGAUCCCCCGUGACCCUGGUGACCUCAGUGGCCGUAUCCAUGUGGAGCGGAUGGAGGCUGGCAGCGUAGGGACGCGGGAAUCUGAACUGGACCUGUGGGAGGAGACCACUGCCCCCGUUAGCCCUGCAGCCAGCCCUGAAUCUGACCACAUAGAGAACCUCCUGCACGCGGGUCAGGCCGUGCUCGGAGACACCGAUGACUCUCAAGGGCUCUUCUUCCUGUCUCCUCUCUUCCCCCUGCUCAAUUCGGAGGUGAUGUCUGCACGGCGGCAGAUUCAGAGCAGCGUGGAGCAGGCCAUGGGCCAUUGCCGUAGGGAUAACCUUUGGAGGAGGCUCUUUCACGGAGAGCACUUGGCUCUGGAUAAACUCAAACUCAGCAAGCUGGCCUUUGGUGAACUAGAAGAGCUACUGAAUGCUGUGCAAAGCAGAUCGGUCGCCGAGAUUGACCCACAGCUGGACUGUUUCCUGAAUAUGAGUCCCGCCUGGUACCAGAGUCUCAUCAAAGUUCUGCUGUCACGCUUCCCACAAAACUGCAGGCACUUUAAAGAUGACAGUGGCAUUCAGUACCUGGCUGUCCUAAACCAGAAGUUUACCGACUGUUUUGUGCUCGUCUUUCUGGACACACAGGCAGGAAAAACUAGUCUGAAGGUUGUCUUCAGGGAGCCUUUACCCGCACAGACCCAGCCGAGCAGCAGCCCUCCACCUCAGCUGGUCUCCAUGUACCACCAUCUGGAGUCCGUCAUCAACACUGCAUGCUACAACCUCUGGACGGGCCUGCUGUGAACGUGUGCGGACCUUUGCGAGCGGCCCCAUGUGUGUCUUUCAGUGUCUGAAAUCUGUUUGUGCUAAGUUUCAGCUUUGAGCCGCCUCCCGCUCGCAGACUAAGUGCAUCUUGUGAGUGUACUGCGUGCUGCGUCGGCCAGGUUGCAUCCAUCUAAGCAAUUAAAUUGCCAACAUUUUGCAAGGGAAAACAGCUAAAUGGGCUGCCCUGCUGAUUUGAGUGCGGUUAACUGGGAGGGGUGUAGUGGCUUGUGAGACUGCGCUGGUUUGCCAAAGCCAUACUGUCCUUCUGUAGUCUUAGUGUUCAUUUGUGCUGCUCUCUUCUCAGAUGCUGAUAGGAAACUGAUGUCUCUGUAGCCAGUGCACAUUCGAUUCGGUUUACAAGUCUUAAGUUUUCAUCUGUGCUCUUCAAGAACCACCUGUUGCUGCAGGUUGCCCCAUAAUGCAUCUACUUUCUUUACUGCCCUUUUAUCACCCCAAAAGUGCCUUUAUGCCUUUAUUUUAUCUUAUGAAGUUCAGCUAUUAUUAUAUUCAUCUUUCAAGAAGAAUCUCUUGAAAUAGUUGCAUGGUCCUCAUGUACAUUCAUCAUCAAGGGCGGCGUAACACUUAGUCCUACUAACGAGACAACACUAGACGUGCAAAGAUCAUGGGAAACCUUUGACACGCUUUUCACAUGCAGGAAACCAAAUGUAUCGGGAUGAUUCAACUCCCAUAAUGACAAAAACUGAAGAAUAAAAUGUGUUUUACUGUUUUGUUUUCUUGAAGGACACUGGACACUUUUGGAAGAAAGAUUUAUUAAAAAGUUAGAACAUUAAUUAGCAUUUCAAAUGUCUGAGAAUGUUGUAAUUUGUACAUUAUGUAAAUAGAGGUGGAUUUGUAAGAAAAAACGCUUGACAAUAAAUCUUAAAUUAAAACAUCUGCA